GUAGAAUAUUUGAAGUGCUAUUGACAAAACUUUCUUCCUAACUGGCAUUGGAUUGCAUACUUCUCCAUUUUUUGAAUUGUCAUUUAUAGCCAACAAUAUUCAACAAAUUGCCGAUUAUCAUGAUAGCCAUGAAGUCAUUUGCCCAGCCUCCACCUCGGAAUACCGCACAAUCUACCUAUCUUCUAGGCCUACGCGGGUUUCUCAUUUUACAAGCUUUCCUAUGGACAUUCCUACAAACGUUCGUUCCUGCUACAGUCAAAAGUAAUAUCAUCACUUUUCCUGCAAACACCCCGACUUAUCAGGACCUCAUUCGCAAGAUUCUGUCACCAAUAUUCUGGAAUGAAUCGCUUAUUUAUUCAUCUUUUGUUUUCUUGUCCUCGAGGACUCUGUGCAUCUCUUUUAUCAGCUCACCAAGUAAACAAACAAUUGCAUCUUCAAUAUUCCGAAGAUCCUUCCGCCUCAUCAUUCCAACAAUCUUCUCACUUUCUCUCGUCACCCUGCUAUCGCAGACCACUUCCGCUAACCAUCUCACGUCCCUCUUCAUAACCGAAACUAAAAAUCCCAGCAUCCAAGCUCCCUACACUCUUCGCUCACCUAUUCCUCUGACCCUCUUCAACUCCCUCUUCACUCUCUUCCUAUCUACUUCUCACACACCCUUAUACAACUUAUCCGCCGUCCUCGCUUUUCCAUCCGGGACACUAUCAAUUAUCCCCAUCCUCUACUCCCAAUCCUACACCCUCUACAUCACCACUCUCAUAAUCCCUUACACUCGACCCCUCUGGCGCCUCAAAUACUCGCCCCUCUUUCUUUUCACAGCCUACUGGGUAUCCUCCUAUUCCUUCAUAUCCAUCAGCGGCCUGCUUCUAACCGACUUUCUCUUGCUGCCCAAUUUGCCCCUCCUCAUCAUUUCCGCAGCCGGUCUCCCACUACCGAUACGGAUUACCAAGAAAAGAAUUCCGUCUUGGAUACUUUACACAUUCAUCCUUUUGGUUGGCACCGGACUUCAAUAUUUCUAUAUCACGUCGGACUCGGCAGUAGAAACAGCAAAUGCGGAAUUGAAAGCUCAUACAGAUAUGUAUGGUUCUUCGGGUGGACUUAACACCACUCCGGAUUUGAGGGAACAAACGCCUAGUAUUGCGGAUUGGUUGGUUUUGUGCGGAGGAUUUUUGUGGUUGGAGACGAGAACCUCGGUGCAAAAUUUGUUCAAAAAUGCUGUGCUGGUUUCCCUUGGAAGAAGAAGUUUGAGUUAUUUCUUGACCCAAUCGAUUGUUAUAUACUCGGCAGCUAUUCCUCUAUAUCUUCAUCUUGUUGUGGACAAGGCUGUUUCAGGAAUAGUUGCGACUAUUAUUUGUCUUGUGGUUUCAGCUCUGGGUACUUUGGUGUGUGGUGAGAUUUUUUAUAGAAUGGUAGAAAUUCCGAGUUUAUGGGCGGGUGUGUGGAGCUGGGAUUGGAUUAGGAGAUGAGGAGAUCGGGUGGCAGAUUGGUAGAAGUAGCAGUUUGCUGAUGGAUAAUUCAUUUUACAUGUAAUGUAGAAAAGGAUGGAAUCGAGUUCUUUACUCUAGUUCAUUGUAUGUAUGUGAACUUGAUGGGUUUAAUAUUAAAUGCGCAUUUUAAUGGGCA